AUGUUUACGAGAAUAUUCCUCUCGUCAAUCAUCGCGCUUUUGAUCGUCUUUGUUGCUGCAAGAUACGAGGAUCGAUAUGAUCGCAAUUUGAUGCCUUGGGAUCUGCGACCUGUGCAGAAUAUAAUCGGCCUUUGGAAACGUACACACAUUUCUGGCAGAGCCAACGAAAUCCCUCCACCAGAUCAAAUCGAUUACGCAAUAAAUCCAAUCCCGAAAUUCGGAGCUCGAGCCAUUAACAUUACGCAUACUUAUUUCGAUGGAGCUGGAGCUGUGCUUCGUCAUGAUUACGGUUAUAUGCCAGUUAAGAAUGCAACUCGACGCGAUCCGAGAAUUCAUUUAGCCUAUUUAACGACAAGCUCUGAAGGUUGGUCAAUGAUGGAACAAGGACAAGUCUCUGGACAAAUUAUGACUUUUCAUUUGAAACAAUUUCUCUCGAGAAGCUUCGACGUUGGCAAUAGUCAAAAUAGAGAACUCGAGAUUAGAGAGUUUGAGCGUCAAAUUGAGCAAACCGACUACAACAAUUUCAUCAUGAAAAUCCGUGCCGAGACUGCCUUCGGGACUGAAGCCUACACGGCAUACUAUCGACGAGUCAUGGGA